UUAAAUCAAAUGGCCGUUCAUCGUUCAUUAGUUAAUUUUGCAAUUGUUGCUUUGAUGUCUCCGGUGAUCUCGUCGGCUAUGGAAUACAUCGUCGGCGGCGAUGAUGGGUGGAAACUAGGAGUUAAGUACGAUGAUUGGGCUAAAGACAAGCAGUUCUUUGUUGGAGACACUCUUGUUUUCAAGUACAAGGGUGGAGAUCACAAUGUGUACAAAGUGGCAGGAGAUGAAUUCAAAAGCUGCACUGUUCCAUCAAACAACAGCUUGGGCUCAUUCACCGGAAACGACACGAUUAAGUUGGCAAACACCGGAACCAAAUGGUACAUUUGCGGCAUCAGUGGCCAUUGUGAUGGAGGGAUGAAGCUCAAGAUCACGGUGCUAGACCGUGCCCCGGCUCCUGCUCCCAGCACUGCUUCAACAUUAUUUGCCAAGGCCACAGGUUUCCAUGUCUUGUUAGGGAUGAUUUUCGCCGUUGCCCUGAUUGAAGCUUUUUCAUUCAUGGGGGAAAUGAUUUGAAGGCUUAGCAUUUUA